GCCUCUUUUGGAGAAACGAUAGUGGAGUCUCUGGGCUGGGCCUACGCAAACUUCGCCGCGGCCUAUUUAGGAGAAGUCCAAACCUAUUGGGGUUUGGGGGCCACAGUGGCCAACAUUCAGGCCACAGGCAGAGGCAUCGGAAACACUCUGGCAAUGGCGAAGUCGAUGGUGCAAGCUGCUGUUGCUGCAACAGAUAUUCAGCAAAGACAUGAACAAAAAAAAGAAGAGGGAAAUUUGCCUAAUAGACUCGACACGCAAGACAUUGACAGAGUUGGCGAAAUACUCCAAAGCGUCCUUUCCAUCGUCGCGUGCGAUGUCGAAGACACCGCGAGAAAAGCAGCAGAAAAAAUUUGCAGAGACGAGUCUGUGGCGCUGGCGGUGCGGGUGAAGCGCGCGGAGGCGCUGCAGUGGCUGGGAGAAGAAAUGAUGAAGGAAGCAAUUAAAACAAAAAAGGAAAAAGAAAAAGAAAGAUUUGAUGUUUCCAAGCACAUGGAAGACGCCUUCAUCAAGGCGACGAUUGCGGCGGAUGAGAAGAACCGCUAA